CGCGCGUGCGCAUUGCGGCCCCUGCCCAGCUCGCGGCAAGUAACUUCAAUGCUCCGGAAGGCAGGGUAGUGACCUUGCGCGUGCGCUGUGUCCGCGGCAGAGUCCGAUCCCACUGUGUGGUUUACACGCUACUCGAACGGCGCGUGCGCAGUGGGGCGGCGGAGGGAUUUGAGACCGAGACCCACCCCCCUGCUCCCGUCGCGAGCCGAGGCCGCGCGGGUUCGGAAGCAGCGGCCUGGUUCGCGCGCUGGGCGGGCGACCGAGGGAGACUGACGCGGACGCCGCUGGAGUCGAAGCCGGAACAGGAGUCCUUGUUGCUGAGGGGUUGCCGCAGCCGCCGCGAGCCCCAGGACCAACGCCAGGUCGAGGAGGGCGCCGCGCGGCGGAUUUGGCAAUAUGACCCAGUUCCUGCCGCCCAACCUUCUGGCCCUCUUUGCCCCCCGUGACCCUAUCCCGUAUCUGCCACCCCUGGAGAAGCUACCACAUGAAAAACACCACAAUCAACCUUACUGUGGCAUUGCACCAUACAUCCGAGAGUUUGAGGACCCUAGAGAUGCCCCUCCUCCAACUCGUGCAGAAACCCGGGAAGAACGCAUGGAGAGGAAGAGAAGGGAAAAGAUUGAGCGGCGACAGCAGGAAGUGGAGACAGAGCUAAAAAUGUGGGACCCUCACAAUGAUCCCAAUGCUCAGGGUGAUGCCUUCAAGACUCUCUUCGUGGCUAGAGUGAACUAUGACACAACAGAAUCCAAGCUUCGGAGAGAGUUUGAGGUGUAUGGACCCAUCAAAAGAAUACACAUGGUCUACAGUAAGCGGUCAGGAAAGCCCAGAGGCUAUGCCUUCAUUGAGUAUGAGCAUGAGCGAGACAUGCAUUCCGCUUACAAACACGCAGAUGGCAAGAAGAUUGAUGGCAGGAGAGUCCUUGUGGAUGUGGAGAGGGGCCGAACUGUGAAGGGCUGGAGGCCCCGGCGGCUAGGAGGUGGCCUGGGUGGUACCCGAAGAGGUGGGGCUGACGUGAAUAUCCGGCAUUCAGGCCGUGAUGACACAUCCCGCUAUGAUGAGAGGGACCGGGACCGGGACCGCGAGCGGGAGCGAAGAGAGCGGAGCCGGGAGCGAGACAAGGAACGGGAACGGCGACGCUCCCGCUCUCGGGACCGGCGGAGGCGUUCACGGAGCCGAGACAAAGAUGAGCGGCGGCGCUCCAGGGGAGGGGGUGGCGGCCAGGACAACGGGCUGGAGGGUCUGGGCAAUGACAGUCGAGACAUGUACAUGGAGUCUGAGGGUGGUGACGGGUACCUUGCUCCAGAGAACGGGUAUUUGAUGGAAGCAGCACCUGAGUGAAGUUUGGACAUGUUCCUACCUGGCCCCUACUGUCAUUCUCUCCCUUAAUCUUGGUCACCUCUUUGUCCUCCAGGGGUAGGAAUUUCUUUAUUUGUUCUGGCCCCUUGGGUUUAAAAAUAAAAUUAAUUUCCUGUUGA